AUGGAUAGGAAUUUCAGCAGAAGCAUAAGCAGGAGCAUAAGCAGAUCAAGUUGGAGAAUGGAGGAAGUGUUUGCGAGUGGAAGGUAUUCUCGCAGGACUUCUCAAGUUGAUGAGGAUGAGGAGGCUCUCAAAUGGGCUGCCAUAGAGAAACUCCCCACCUAUGAUAGGCUAAGGACAAGCAUCAUCCAAACCUUUGCCGAGGGCGGUGAUCAACUACCUGGAAACCAAGUUCUGCACAAGGAAGUUGAUGUUCGCAAACUAGACAUGAAUGAUAGGCAGCAAAUCAUUGACAAGAUUUUCAAGGUUGCUGAAGAAGACAAUGAAAAGUUCCUCAAGAAGUUCAGAAACAGAAUUGACAAGGUCGGGAUCAGACUUCCAACGGUAGAAGUGAGAUUCCAAAAUUUGACUGUUGAGGCAAAUUCAUAUGUCGGCAGCAGAGCUCUGCCAACCCUGCCAAACUCUGCAUUGAACAUUCUUGAAUCAUUUUUUAGCAUUUGUGGCAUUAGUACAGCUAAGAGGACAAAGCUAACUAUUCUUAAGAAUGCCUCUGGCAUUGUUAAACCAUCAAGAAUGGCUCUUUUAUUAGGUCCCCCAUCUUCAGGAAAAACGACCCUUCUGUUGGCAUUGGCCGGAAAAUUGGACCCUGAAUUGAGGGUGAAGGGAGAAAUCACUUACAAUGGACACAAACUUGAUGAGUUUGUACCAAGAAAGACUUCAGCAUAUAUUAGCCAAAAUGAUGUUCAUGUCGGAGAAAUGACUGUAAAAGAAACACUGGAUUUCUCAGCUAGAUGCCUGGGAGUAGGGACUAGAUAUGAUCUAUUAACGGAGCUUGCUAGAAGGGAAAAGGAAGCUGGUAUAUUUCCAGAGGCAGAUGUUGACCUUUUCAUGAAGGCCACAGCAAUGGAAGGAACAGAAAGCAGUCUCAUUACCGACUAUACACUCAAAAUAUUAGGACUUGAUAUUUGCAAGGAUACCAUAGUGGGUGAUGAAAUGCACAGAGGUGUAUCAGGUGGCCAGAAGAAGCGUGUUACCACAGGAGAGAUGAUAGUUGGGCCCACAAAAACAUUAUUCAUGGAUGAAAUAUCUACGGGUCUUGAUAGUUCAACAACGUAUCAGAUUGUGAAGUGCUUGCAGCAGAUUGUGCACCUUACUGAAGCAACUAUCUUAAUGUCCCUACUCCAACCUGCUCCUGAGACUUUUGAUCUCUUUGAUGACAUCAUCCUCAUAUCUGAGGGUCAGAUUGUAUACCAAGGCCCACGUGAGCACAUCGUGGAAUUCUUUGAAUCAUGUGGGUUUCGCUGUCCAGAAAGAAAGGGAACCGCUGAUUUCUUGCAAGAGGUUACCUCAAGGAAGGACCAGGAGCAAUACUGGGCAGACAAAAACAUGCCAUACCGUUAUGUUACAGUGACAGAGUUUGCAAACAAGUUCAAGCAGUUCCAUGUUGGAAUGAAGCUUGAGAGUGAGUUAUCUGUGCCAUUUGAUAAGUCAAGUGCACAUAAAGCAGCUCUUGUAUACAGUAAAAACUCUGUGCCCACAAUGGGUCUUUUUAAAGCAUGUUGGGACAAGGAGUGGCUGCUGAUCAAGAGGAACUCCUUCGUCUACAUAUUCAAGACAGUCCAAAUUAUCAUCAUUGCCAUCAUAUCUGCUACAUUGUUCUUGAGGACUGAAAUGAAACAAAAUAAUGAAGAUGGAGCUUCACUUUACAUUGGUGCAAUUUUGUUCUCUAUGAUCAUGAACAUGUUUAAUGGUUUUGCUGAGCUAGCACUCACAAUUGGAAGGCUUCCCGUGUUUUACAAGCAUAGAGACCAUCUUUUCCACCCUGCUUGGACUUACACCCUCCCCAAUUUCUUGUUGCGUAUUCCCAUUUCUGUGUUUGAGUCUCUUGUUUGGGUGAUUAUUACCUAUUACACCAUAGGAUUUGCUCCUGAAGCUAGCAGGUUCUUCAAGCAAUUGUUGGUGGUGUUUCUUAUCCAACAAAUGGCCGCUGGGAUGUUUAGGGUCAUUUCUGGAGUGUGCAGGACAAUGAUUAUAGCUAACACUGGUGGAGCCCUCAUGCUCCUUCUUGUUUUUCUUCUUGGAGGUUUCAUCCUUCCCAAACGUGAGUGA